GCGAGGCGCUUGAGUAGCUCCUCUCAUUCUCAAAUUCUCUGUCGAUUUUUCGGAUUGGAAAAAGAAAUUAAAGAAAAGAAAGAAUAGCAAAAAUGGUAGUUGACGAUAUGGUGAAGAUGAGCAUCAGCGCAGGUCCCUCUUCCUCUAGAUUCCCAAGUGUUUACCCAAAAAGGCUUUUGAUGGAGGGGAGAUAUAGUGGGGAUUGAAUGAUGAACGUGUUUAUAAGGUUGUUUCCUUGAAUUGUUUUUGGAAUUGCAAUGAUACACCUGCCGACUCCGCCAGCAAUAAAACCUGUCAAGGAAUUGAGUUGAAAUGGGAGAUUCACGCCUUGCUUCCCUUUCAAUGGAGAAUCAUCACCCUUCCACCAUCUUGUCCAUGGAUUCCAGCGCCUCCUCUUCUCACGACGAAUUGGAUUUGGAGAUGAAUCGCCAAAUCGUGCUCUCCCACCCCCCUGAUAUCAAUUUACCUCUCUCAGUUGAGGGCAGCCCUCCUCAGCAGCCCUGGAAUUCCGACUCCUGCGACAUUUUAGAUGUUGGGCUUUCUUCACAAGUCUGUGAGACUGAAACUUUGAUUAGUAUUCCCAAGAUUGGCCGAAAAUGUGCCAAGCGAUUGGAUAGCAUUUGGGGUGCUUGGUUCUUCUUUACUUUUUACUUCAAGCCCGCGCUCAAUGAGAAGUCCAAGGCCAAAACUAUACGUGACCACAAUGGAAUUUCUGGGUUUGAUAAAUCUGAUCUUAACCAUGACAUCUUUAUGGUCCAGCAUGACAUGGAAAACAUGUAUAUGUGGGUCUUUAAGGAGCGUCCUGAAAAUGCACUGGGUAAAAUGCAGCUGAGGAGUUACAUGAAUGGUCAUUCUCGCCAAGGGGAACGACCCUUUCCAUUUAGUGUUGAUAAGGGUUUUGUUCGAUCUCACAGGAUGCAGCGCAAGCAUUAUAGGGGUCUAUCAAAUCCUCAGUGUGUGCAUGGGAUCGAGGUUGUUCCGAGCCCCAAUCUCACUUGUUUCAGUGAGGAUGAGCAGAAACGGUGGGUUGAACUAACUGGUAGGGAUUGGAAUUUCACAAUUCCUCACGAAGCAAGUGAUUUUAGUUCAUGGAGAAACCUUCCAAACACCGACUUUGAACUUGAGAGGCUGCCUUCUCCCAUAAAGAGCACCUCAAAUUCACAUCCAAAGAAGCUGCUUAAUGGGUCUGGGCUGAAUUUGUCUACGCAACCAUCUAACCUCGGUAGUUCUGAUGUGGUAGACCUUUCACCCGUCAGCAGCAAAAGAAGGAAGGGUUUUUUCCCAAAUGGAAACAGUGACGAGUGCUGUUUGGAGAUUAACCCUCCAUCUAAUGGUAUUCCAGAUGCAGAAAUUCACCCAAAUGGACCACACUGGUUGAAUAAUUUUAGUGGGGUGAUGAAGGAUGUGUAUGGGCCUGUUACUGGUGCCAAAACAAUUUAUGAGGAUGAAGAAAGCUAUUUGAUUAUUAUUAGCUUGCCUUGUGUUGAUCUUCAAAGAGUAAAAGUUUCAUGGAGGAAUACUCACACACAUGGUAUCAUCAAGGUGUCCUGUGUGAGUACAUCUCGCAUGCCAUAUAUUAAGAGACAUGAUAAGGUUUUUAGGCUUACAGAUCCCUCAUCCGAACACUGCCCACCAGGAGAGUUUGUUAGAGAAAUACCACUUUCAACCCGGAUCCUUGAGGAUGCUAACAUAGAAGCUUACUACGAUGGGCCAGGAUCUGUACUCGAGAUUGUGGUGCCAAAACUUCGAUCAGAGCCUGAAGAGCACGAGAUUCAUGUUUGCUUUCCUCCUCACCUUGGAGGCAAAAAUGACCUAAUGUUUACUUGAGAAAGGAAGCAGAGAGACUUGUAAGGAUCGAUGCUGUUAUUGGGGAGGCUUAACUGUUUGGUCAACUCUGUAUCAUACAAUGCAUUUUUAUGAAAUAGAAUGUUUGUUCACAUUUCUUUAUGUUUUUGGCUAGGGAUGUGCUUGAUAUUUAGAAAGCGCACUUGGCUCUAGUCAUUGAUGUAGAAGUCUUUGGUAGUGGCGCAUUGCCCUGCCUAUCUUUCUGGUAGUGAAUUAUGAGGAGCAUGUUCAUUAUUGUGGAAAAGCUUAGACAUGUGCAGAAGUAAUUACAAAUUGAAUAUUUCUGGCACUAGUUGGUAGGGUGCAUAAUGCACAGUUUAUUCAUAUACAACUUUGAUGUCAUCAUCCCAUUUCA